AUGGCGACGCUGGACAAGGUCUUCAAAGAUGCUUCGGUGAAGAAGCUGUUCAAAGACCUGCUCAUCCUGGCGCAAUACGUUGGUCGGCGGCAAGGCAACGAGGCCGUGCUGAAGGAGCAGGUGCGGCAGAGCUUCAAGGCCAACAUGCAUGAAGUGGACGACGAGAAGAUCUUGCAGCAAAAGGAGGCGUGA